AUGGCUUGCAUCUUUGGUACCGAUCAUUCUGGAGUAAAAACAGUCUUUUUGAAAACAUCCUUGAGGAGUAUUUUCAAUGAAUGUUUAUAUCAACUGUAUAUCUUGAGGAAUAUCAAUGUAGAGAACGAUAUCACUUUCCCAGAUGAAAUCGUGGAAUAUCGUUCUCUAAAAGAAAGGUACGAAGAUACAGAAAUGCAUGCGGAUUAUAGAAUAAAUUUGAAGAGCAGCAACUACAAUAAAUUAGCCACGGAUAUAAAUCGGCUGAUCAACAUCAUAAGAGAGGGAAAUGAAGAAAUCAACUUCGGGGGUACUUGCAGUGGAAUGGUCGGUUCAAUAGCUGCGAUAAACCAGAUGCGUGAGGACGAUAUGCAGUUAUUGAGGCAGAAAGUGGAGUAUGAGGAGGAAAUAGAGAUGUUGAGGUGUCAGUGUGAAGAAGAAAGGUUGAAUAACAUACAAACGAUCGAUGAUACCAAUACUAAGAUUCAGAAAUUGAAAUUCGAAGUGGAAGAUGUUAGAGUGUACGGGCGUUACGAGAUUUCCUUUUUCAAAAAUUGGGAAGCUGCAAGAAGAGAACAGAAUUGUAUGGCCUGUGAUGCCAAAGAAACUCUCCACAGUUCCACUAUGGCCACGAUGACGAAUAAAAUUGAGUUGGAAAACAGAUGCCACUUGGAAUUAGAGAAUUUCAUCGAAGAGAGCAGAAAUGAUUCCUUAGAGGGAAUUCAGUAUUGGAUGAAACAUUAUGAUGAGGAAAUUGAGAAACGUGAUAGUGAUAUGAUGAACCUCAAGAUAGAGAUAGAAAAAAUCACUGAAGAAUACGCAAGAAUGAAAGACACAUACGAGUUACGUAAAGCUGCCAUAUCAGAUUAUAUGGAAUACAAGAGGAUAAAAAAAGAGAAAGAAGAUCAAGAAAAAAUGGAGUGCCAAGCAGCUACAAAAAUUCAAGCUUGGUGGAAAGGUGUUAUGGUUAGAAAGAAACUAGGGCCAUACAGAAAGAAGAAAGGAAAAGGAAAAAGCAAGACGAAAAUCAAUAAAAAGAAAAAAUAA